UUGAAAGCUCUUUUGGGGUUGAGUUUUGGUUAACAUAGUAUGUCAUACUAACUGGCAUUUUGAAUGAUCUUUAUAGGUCCUUCGAUUGCUCCAGUGCCUUCGUUUGCCUUAAACUCAGAUCCAAAGUCUACCCUUCGACACCAUAUUGCUCACCCACCACCUUCAAUUGCUCCAGUGCCUUUGUUUGGCCCGAGCUCAGAUCCAAAGCCAAACGUUAGACACCAUAUUGCUCACCCACCAUCAAAUUCGGGGCCUCCUCCUUCCAGUAAAAUUUCGCCUUCUUGGUCUUCAGCAAGGAAUCCAAAGAUGUUCCCACAUCCGUUUGUCCUUCCACCCCCACCGCCUAAUGAAGAUUGCUCCUCAUUGAUAUGCAUGGAACCAUUCACAACACCGCCACCUAAAUCUUCUUGUGACUGUGCCUUGCCAAUGCAAAUAGGGUUGAGACUUAGUGUAGCACUAUACACUUUCUUCCCUUUAGUUUCAAGGUUGGCUUAUGAAAUAUCUUCUGGAGUUCUAAUGGAUCGAAGCCAAGUUCGCAUCAUGGGAGCAAACUCUGCAAACCAGUAUCCAGAAAAGACGAUUGUCUUCAUUGAUCUGGUACCCCUUGGGGGACAGUUCGAUAACACAACAGCUUUCUUGACAUUUCAGAAGUUCUGGCACAAAGAUGUGAAUAUAAAUGCUUCAUUUUUUGGCGAUUAUGAUGUAUUAUAUGUGCGGUAUCCAGGUCUUCCUCCAUCUCCGCCAUCUGCACCUUUAAAUGAUGGAGUUAUAAGUAGUGACCCAUACUCCGGGGAUAAUGGGAGGAAUAUACAUCCCCUUGGUGUUGAUGUGACUAAAAGGCGACAUAGAGGUGGGCCGAAUCGAAGCCUCAUUGCGGUGAUAUUGCUUUCAGCAUCUGGUGCAAUUAUACUGUGUUGCGCCGUUGCAUGGAUGCUUCUGUUCAAACAUAGAGACAGGGUGCUCGAAUCGGAUCCUACCCCACCAACUACAAUUCCUUCCCUUGGAAAAUCACCAAGGGUUGCAGCCUCUGUUACAAGAAGUGGACCCAACUCUCCUUCGCUAUCCUUUAGUUCAAGCUUUGCGGCUUAUACAGGUUCGGCAAAAACGUUCAGUAUAGCUGAAAUAGAGAGAGUAACUGAUAACUUCAGCGAAAAAAGAGUUCUCGGGGAAGGUGGGUUUGGCCGUGUGUACAGUGGUGCCCUAGAGGAUGGGACAAAAGUGGCUGUUAAGGUUCUUAAGAGGGACGACCAUCAGGGAGGCCGCGAGUUCUUUGCUGAAGUUGAGAUGCUCGGUCGGCUACACCAUAGGAAUGUGGUCAAGCUGAUUGGGAUCUGUCUAGAGGAACGCGCACGUUGCUUAGUUUAUGAACUUGUUCCAAAUGGCAGUGUUGAGUCCCACCUUCAUGGGGUUGACAAAGAAAGGGCCCCACUCGAUUGGAAUGCUCGGGUGAAAAUAGCACUCGGUGCUGCUCGAGGGCUGGCAUAUUUGCACGAAGACUCGAGCCCACGUGUGAUACACAGAGACUUCAAGUCUAGCAACAUCCUACUAGAACAUGAUUUUACUCCCAAAGUGUCGGAUUUCGGUCUUGCUCGCGCUGCGUUUGAUGAAGAAAACAGACACAUUUCAACUCGUGUUAUGGGAACCUUUGGGUAUGUGUGCUUCUCUGAUACCAUGUCAAGAAACCAACUCAACCAAGCUAAUGUUUACUAUUGCAGGUAUGUGGCUCCCGAGUACGCAAUGACUGGGCAUCUUUUAGUGAAGAGUGAUGUGUACAGUUAUGGCGUCGUCCUUCUUGAGCUCCUAACCGGAAGAAAACCGGUGGACAUGUCACUCCCGCCCGGUCAAGAGAACUUGGUUUCGUGGGCCCGGCCGUUCCUCACGACCAAAGAAGGUUUGGAAUUCGUGGUGGACGCGUCGUUGGGACCCGAUUUCCCGGUCGAUAGUGUCACAAAAGUGGCUGCCAUUGCUUCGAUGUGCGUGCAACCGGAGGUGUCUCACAGACCAUUCAUGGGGGAAGUGGUUCAGGCCCUGAAGUUGGUGUGCAGUGAGACCAAAGAUUUGGAGUCCCAAAACCGCGAUGAUCAAGAGAAUGUGCUUGUUGGUCGUGCGGAAGAACACCGUGGGUUGGCGGAUGUCGCUUUGAACGCCCGUUCCCACCGGUCGAACUCGGACUGCGAGGUCGACCUCGAGCGCGGGCAUUCCAUGUCAGACCUCUUGAGCCCGUCCAUGAGAUACGGGAUUCGCGAAUGCGGGUCCCACGGGGGGUCGGCGGCGGGUAGGAGGGCCCGGAGAUUGUGGAAGAAAAUGAGACGGUUGUCGGGCGGGAGCGUGAGCGAACACGGGGUGGUGUCUAGGUUGUGGCCCGCGUCUAACUGAUCUUACACUGUACAGUAAUAGAACAAUUUUUCCCCCAUGAUCUUCUUCUUCAAUUGCAGAGAAGUGUAUCUAUAUAUAUGUGUUGUAGGCAUAGGGGAAGUGUGGAGAUCUUAAAAAGUUGAUGGAAUACAAUUUUGGAAUAGAA